AUGACGAUCAACUCAGGCGCAGAAACCCUCGCCUUUCCUGUGCCCAACAACAACAUCAAUGGAGCCAAGGGAUGUCGACAACUUCCGGUCACACUUCUUUCGGGGUUUCUGGGUAGCGGAAAGACAACCCUCCUGGAACAUAUUCUACAGUCGGACCAUGGAUUUAAGAUUGCUGUCGUUGUUAAUGACAUGAGCAGGUACGCCCUUGACACAAAUGGAUGUAUCUGCUGCACAUUACGCGGAGACCUGCUCGAAGAACUAGCCCGACUUACGAAGCAGGACGAUGUGCAGUAUGUCGUGAUUGAGAGCACAGGGAUUAGCGAGCCAAUGCAGGUCGCAGAGACUUUCACAGCGGAAUUCAGCGCUGCAAUGCUAGAGGCAGACGUUGCUGACGAAGAGGGGAAGAAAAUCCUCAACCAGAUUGUCGAAUUAGGAGGCCUGCAUAAACUCGCCAAACUUGACACAACCGUUACCGUCAUUGACGCCUUUAACCUCCUGACCAAUUUUGAUACAGCGGAAUUUCUCUCUGAUCGUUAUGGCGGACAGGUUAUUCCUGAAGACGAAAGGACCAUUUCUGAUCUGAUGGUGGAUCAGAUCGAAUUCGCGGACGUCAUUAUCAUCAACAAGAUUGAAACGGUUGACGAGAAGACUCGCGAGAGGAUCAGGUCUCUUCUAAAGCUCCUCAACCCAGACGCCAAGGUGCUUGAAACAAGCUAUUCAAAGGUCAAUGUCAAUGAGAUAUUGGAUACGGGAAGGUUCAACUUUCUCAAAGCGGCAUCGGGUGCCGGGUGGUUGAGGAGUUUGCACGAGAUGACCAAGAGGGAAACCGGCAAUGGGGAAAGGCUGGCUCCUGUUCCCGAGACCAUUGAGUACGGCAUCAACAAUUUCGUCUACAAAGCUCGCCGCCCAUUUCAUCCGCGGCGACUUUUCAGUUUGAUACAUGACAAAUUCAUUGUCCUCCAGAAUGUCGAAACACAAGAAGAUGAUGGAAGCGAGGAGGAAGAUGACGGAAAUGAAGUUGAGGACGAGGACGAGGACGAGGAGGACGAAGAUGAUAAAAUGGAAGAUUUCCCCCAGCCAGAUCCCCAGGAAAUUCUCUCAAACAAACGCUCCCACCCGGUCUUCCGUCCCAUUUUACGCUCCAAAGGUUUUUUCUGGCUUGCCACUCGCCCGUAUCAAUUUGGCGAAUGGAGCCAAGCCGGUGGCAUGCUCACCAUUGGGUGUGGUGGACCUUGGUUUGCCGAGGUACCAGACGAGGCAUGGCCGGAAGAUGCAGAUGUGAGGAAGUCCAUUGAGGACGAUUUUCAUGGGCCAUGGGGAGACCGGCGACAAGAAAUCGUGUUCAUUGGGGAAGGAAUUGAAACGAGUGCCAUUACGGACUUGCUAAACGAAUGCUUGUUGAACGAUGAGGAGAUGAAAAUGUGGGAAGGCAUUAUGAAGAAGAAGAGAUUAUCUAAAGACGAGAAGCAGGAAAAGAUGAUGCAGGCGUGGGAAGAUGGAUGGGAGGAAUGGCCUCCCUUGGAGGAGGAAGAGGAUGAGCCUGAGCAGGAAAAAGGAAAGCAUCGCAUCAGUGAGCACUUAGGGCAUGGACAUUCUCAUAAUCAUAACCACCCCCACAGAAGGGGGAUAAAAGCAUAG